UGACCAAUCAGAAAGCGUCAUUUUCUACGUCACCAAUUUCCGACGAAUCAGAACUCAUCUUGUUGCAUAGACGCAACCUACCGGUGACUCCCUGAGCGCUGUAAGUUAGGUUGACCCAGCAUCAGGAUAAAAGCAGGGUCAUAAAGUGUCCCGUUUACUUCAGCUCCAGUGCUAAAGUACCAUCAUUGCUGAAGAUGCCCACAACAAACAAGUUUAAGUGUGCUGCAGCCAGCAGCUCGGCACAGUCUGCUUCUUCAGACCCACAACAAGCAGCCCGAGAGCCCAACGAAUCUCCAGGAGACGGUGGUGGAGAUGAAAACCAAGGAGAUCCUCGAAUUAUUAAAUCCCCAAGUGAUCCCAAACAGUACAGAUACAUCGAGCUGAGUAAUGGGCUAAGGGCUCUCUUGAUCUCUGAUCUGAGUGGAUUGGAUGGGAACGCUGAAGAUGAGGAGGAGGAUGAGGAUUCAGAGGAAGAGGAGGAGGAACAGGGAGCAGAGGGAGAAGAACAAGAAGAAGAGGGAGACUCGGGGGAAGGAACUGAUGAAGAGUCUGAAGAGGAGGGGGACAGUCAGGACAGUGAUUUUGAGGAGUUUGAUGAGGACAAUGACAAUGACAGGAAGAAGAGAAAGGGAUCUGAAAAACAGUCUGCAGCGGCUCUUUGUAUUGGUGUGGGGAGUUUCAGUGACCCUAAUGACCUCCCUGGCCUUGCACACUUCUUGGAGCACAUGGUGUUUAUGGGCAGUGAGAAGUACCCCUCUGAGAACGGCUUUGAUGCCUUCCUAAAAAAGCACGGCGGCAGUGAUAAUGCUUCCACGGAUUGCGAGAGAACCAUUUUCCAAUUUGAUGUGCAGCGGAAACGCUUCAAAGAGGCUCUUGACAGAUGGGCUCAGUUUUUCAUCUGUCCUCUUAUGAUUGAAGAUGCCAUUGACAGAGAGGUUGAGGCUGUGGACAGUGAAUAUCAACUAGCCAAGCCUUCAGACUCUCAUCGUAAAGAAAUGCUGUUUGGCAGCCUAGCGAAGCCCGACCAUCCCAUGAGCAAGUUCUGCUGGGGAAAUGCACAGACCCUAAAGACUGAGCCUAAGGAAAAGAACAUCAAUGUUUACGAGCGUCUCCGUGACUUUUGGAAGAGGUACUACUCUGCCCAUUAUAUGACCUUAGCUGUACAGUCUAAAGAAAAACUUGACACUCUUGAAGAAUGGGUUCGCGAAAUCUUCAGCAACAUACCCAACAAUGCCCUGCCAAAGCCUGAUUUUUCAAAGCAGCUGGACCCGUUUGAAACACCUGCCUUCAAUAAGCUUUACAGAGUCGUGCCUGUCAGGAAAGUUCAUGCGCUCACCAUCACCUGGGCUCUUCCCCCACAAGAGCAGCACUACAGGGUAAAGCCUCUUCAUUACAUCGCUUGGCUGAUCGGCCAUGAGGGAACUGGUAGUAUCUUGUCCACGCUCAGGAGGAAGUGCUGGGCCUUAGCUUUGUUCGGUGGAAACAGCGAAACUGGAUUUGAUCAAAACACCACCUACUCGAUCUUUAGCAUCUCCAUCACUUUGACGGAUGAGGGCUACCAGAACUUCUAUGAGGUUGCUCAUCUGGUCUUCCAGUACUUAAAAAUGCUUCAGACUCUUGGGCCGCAACAAAGAAUAUAUGAGGAAAUUCAAAAGAUCGAGGCCAAUGAAUUUCACUAUCAGGAGCAGACUGACCCCAUUGAAUACGUGGAGGACAUUUGUGAAAACAUGCAGCUAUUCCCGAAAGAGGACUUUUUAACAGGAGACCAGCUUAUGUUUGAGUUCAAACCAGAGGUGAUCUCUGCUGCACUGAACCUCCUCACACCAGAGAAAGCCAAUUUGCUCCUUUUGUCCCCCGAGCAUGAAGGCCAGUGCCCGCUCAAGGAAAAGUGGUUCGGGACGCAAUACAGUCUGGAGGACAUACAGCAGCCCUGGAAUGAGCUCUGGGCUGGAGACUUUGAUUUAAACCCAAGCCUUCACCUUCCCGCUGAGAACAAAUUCAUCGCUACUGAUUUUGCCCUCAAAACAUCAGACUGUCCAGACAAUGAGUACCCUGUCAGAAUAGUGAACAAUGACAGAGGCUGCCUGUGGUACAAGAAGGACAACAAGUUCAAAAUCCCCAAAGCAUAUGUGCGCUUCCACCUCAUAUCACCCGUGGUUCAGAAGUCUCCUAAAAACCUGGUGCUUUUUGACCUCUUUGUGAAUAUCCUGAUCCAUAACCUGGCAGAACCGGCUUACGAGGCAGACGUGGCUCAGCUAGAAUAUAAACUAAUGGCUGGGGAGCACGGCCUGGUUAUCAAGGUCAAGGGCUUCAACCACAAACUUCCCUUGCUGUUCAAUCUGAUCGUGGAUUAUCUCGCCGAUUUCUCCGCCGCCUCCAACGUGUUCAGCAUGUUUGCAGAGCAGCUGAAGAAAACUUACUUCAACAUCCUUAUUAAGCCUGAGAAGCUUGGAAAGGACGUGAGGCUUCUGAUUCUGGAGGACUCGCGCUGGUCGACCAUUCAGAAGUAUCAAGCUGUGGUAGACGGUCUCAGCGUGGAUGAUCUGAUGGAGUUUGUGGGCAGCUUUAAGUCUGAGCUGUAUGCUGAAGGACUGGUGCAAGGAAACUUUACAAGUGUUGAAUCCAUGGAGUUCCUUCGCUAUGUCACAGACAAAUUGCAAUACAAAAAGUUGUCAGUAGAGGUCCCUGUUCUCUUCAGAGUAGUGGAGCUUCCUCAGAAACAUCAUCUCUGCAAAGUCAAGUCUCUCAACAAGGGAGAUGCAAACUCUGAGGUCACAGUGUAUUACCAGUCUGGGCCCAAGAACUUGCGUGAACACACUCUGAUGGAGCUGCUGGUGAUGCACAUGGAGGAACCGUGCUUCGACUUCCUCAGAACCAAAGAGACGCUCGGAUAUCACGUGUACCCCACUUGUAGAAACACAUCAGGUGUUCUUGGAUUUUCGGUCACGGUGGAGACUCAGGCCACGAAGUUCAACACCGAGCUGGUGGAGACGAAGAUCGAGGAGUUCCUGGUGAGCUUUGGAGAGAAGAUGAACAGCUUGAGUGAUGAGGCUUUUAAGACACAGGUGACCGCUCUUGUCAAACUGAAGGGCUGUGAAGACACUCAUCUCGGCGAGGAGGUGGACAGGAACUGGACAGAGGUGGUCACGCAGCAAUACGUCUUUGACAGACUCUGCCGUGAGAUUGAUGCACUGAAGCUCAUGACCAAAGCUGAACUUGUUAACUGGUUCAUGGAACACAGAGGUGAAGGAAACCGGAAGCUCAGCGUGCACGUUGUUGGUUUUGGAGUUGAAGAAAAUGACCCUCCCAGUGAGGAACAUCCAUCUGCUGAAGGAGAGGAUGAGGAGUGCAGUAAGAUGUCAUUGUAUGGGGAGGUGUCCAAACUCACUUUCCUUUCAGCUUCUUCUCUACUGGCCUCAGCCACUACCAUCACAGACAUCCGGGCCUUCACUUCCACCCUCAACCUCUUCCCUUACCACAAGAUCGUCAAAUAAACGCCCAGCACGGACUCGCUCUGCCGGUCAGCACGCGCUCCCUACCUUUUUCCAUCUUUUUGUUUGAGUGGGAGGAGCAUAUCCUGAUACCCUCAAGCUCUGGCCGUGUGCACGUUCAUACUGUAUCCUGAGCCCUGCUGAUGGGAUGAUGAUAAUGUGAAUGAUGUGCGCGUGUGUGUGUGUGUGUGUGUGUGUGGGCAUAGAUUGGGCUCAGUCCAAAAGAUACAGUUUAAGAAGAGGUCUUGUUAAUUCCCAUCUGUAAUGGACCUUUACAUGACUUAAAAAGCUACUCUUAAUUGUGUGUAUUUUAUCAAUACUGUAGAUCUGCAGUGUUUAAUUUGUACUAAUAAAUUCGUAACUAUAUGACGGUGUGCUGAAAUGUAUGAAUGUGUUUGAAUGCGAUGCAGUGUGACUGCUUUUAUGUGGCCUGCUGAUGAUGUCUGUAAAUAAAGAUGUCUGAUGGUGUGCCGA